GGAUACACAGGAGUGGUGGGUCAGAUGAGAUGCUCCAACCACAGCCAAACACCAUAGACCGCCAUUGCAAGUCGGUUUGCCAGUGACCCGCUCCAUUACUCUCUCUUACCGCAAGAUAUAAAACUCCCUAAACUACCGACUACGGCCAUUUCUGGUAGAAAGAAGAUAAAAUCAGAGCCGCUGGGAGAAAAUCUUGAGAGAGAGAGAGAGAGAGAGAGAGAGAGAGACUUUAUUAUGAAUGAUCACGCUUGAGUCAUCCUCACUGGUGGAGGUGGAUUCGACCAUGGAUGACGUCACUUCACCUAAACCAAAACCGAUACUCUCCAAAACCAACAAGAACAAGCGGCUCACCGGGGAAUUCAACAUCGUUGAUAAUGAUGAUGAUGAGACUGAGGAGGAAGACUGCGAUGUGGAAGUUUGGGAUACGCUCAGCAAGAGUUUCAGGCAGGUGCAGGCCGUAUUGGAUCAAAACCGGAACCUGAUUCAGCAAGUGAACGAGAACCACCAGUCCAUGGUACCGAAUCUCACCAAGAACGUUUCCUUGAUUCGCGAGAUUAAUGGAAAUAUCUCCAAGGUCAUCUCCAUCUACUCCGAUUUAUCUCUCAACUUCUCCAAAGUUGUGCAGGAACGGCGUCGCAUUAAGAACGAAAGCAGUGUGGAGAGAUCCGAUUCCUGAAUUUCGAUCGAUGAAUUUUAAGAUGAUUUCAUGGCUGCGGGACUGCUUUUAUCUCCAUUACCUCUUGCCCCAUAGACGUAAUAAGGUAUUUAUGUUCUAUUUUGCUUUUCGAUUCUGUUCUCUCGUUUGCUAGUUUCAUCUCAUAUUUUUCUUUUAUUAUUUGCUUUCAUAAGUUCCAAACAGAUGUCGAGACUUUUCUUCAUUGGUAGGUCCUGUAUUUUGUUCAUUAAGGGGUGUUGGUAGAAGGGGAGAGGGGAAGAGAGACCAUUACAUAAAUGAAUGGUAGAUUGCAUUCAUUCUUAUAAGCAUCUAAACCCAAAACCUUGAGCUAGUUGGUACUAGGUAGAAAAGCGCUUGUAUUUUAAGCCAACUAUAGGAUCCUGGUCUUGCCAUUGUGGACUACAGACUACUGCCAACAGAAAUGGCAAUUUCACCCUGUGAAGGCAGAAUUUAUCUCCACCAAAGUUACUUGAGAGGAAUGAGUUGAGGCAUUCCUGCCCUGCCUUGUCUCAUUGUUCGCCAAUUUUAAAAGGUAUUUUCCAUAUAUUUUGGAUAUAUGCAUGCAUCCUCUAAUGAUAAUAUAUGAUUAUAUAUUUUUUAAAAUUUAAAUAAAUUAUAUUUAAAAAAAAAUUUGCAUCUUGAAGUUUCAAGCUUGCUACUGUAUAUUCUUGUGAAAAUAACAUUAGCAUAUAGUGAUCAUUUGAGCAUUUUUAAGGAGGCCUUCUCUUGUAAGCUUGAGGGUAUGUAUUUGUAUUUUUAGGUGCUAAACUAACAGUGAAGGAACGGAUAGGUUAUCAAGUUUAGUUUUGCUGGCUAUGUUCACUGUUGUAUUAACACAUAGCAUCUGUGGUCCUGUAUUUUUAUAUGAUUACUUUGUGGAAUUAAUUUGAAUUAGGGGUUUGAUCAAAUUGUUUAACUCUGCUUUAGAUGUAGGCGUGUCAGACUUUUUGACCAAACACAGAAGUAGUAGUAGCGUUUGUUGUUAUCUUGUAUUUGUAUUGAUAACAUGUUCUAGUUCUAGACUUUUUGAAUGUUUUGAGGAACUCAAAGUUUAUCAUGAAAUUAACGAGAGAUAAUUGGAGUCUAACUGUUUAAAUUUGCUAGGCUAAAGUUAAGAAUGCAAGGCUUAUGCUAUUUUACUUGAAAACAAUCAAUGAAAAAUUGAUUAUAGUUAGCCCAAUCAAUCUGAGUUCAAAGUUUUGUCAGUGUAUCAGGUAGGAUCCAGAUUAAUAGAUAGAAGCGUAUGAAACUUUGAUACAUCCUUCAAACAUCAUAAAACAGGCAAACAAUGAAGUUAUGCUGCACAAAAAGAAUGGCAGGGCGAAGAAAUCCUUCGUUCUAAAAACUGUGUGCUGUGUCUUUUAGUCUGUCUUCUUAUUAGAUUGGCAAUCAUUUCAUGUGAUUGCCCUGGGCAUGGAUCCUGAUUACUGUACUCUCUCUGUCCAACAACUUGACAAAGGCCACUGGACAGCUCAGUCUAUUCUCUCAAUGCUUUCCCUUGUCUAUUGUCAUGGUGCAUUGUUUUGAUUGGAAUUCAUGAAGUGCAAGUUCAAUUACAUAUAUUUCAAGUGAGAUUCUCUCUAAAAUGAGAAUCAAGGUUGAUGAUGUCUCCGGGAGAGGUCUUUGUAAUCGAUAUAAUUGUUUUUGUUGAUCAAUUAUAUUUUGCCAAUGAAAGUUCUCUGUUUUUCCCA